AUGCCUGGGACGACUGCGGGUGUGGUUUGCGAUCUGUAUAAUUCGGAUGGGGCGGCGUCUGCAAACCAAUCUCUGGACGAUAUUGCGUUAGGGAACGAGUCCAGUGAGUUCGAGGAGAUGAUUCCUGAACGAGGCUCUAGCGAAUCGACAGCGGUUUCCGAGUCGGAGACGCAUGAGGUUUUUGGCGUAAAAAAGAGACCUCAAAGUUUGUUGAGCAGCAAUACACGAAACUACAAGCUCAGGUCUAGUUUUGCUGGCUUGGACCUUAGCGAAGAAGAGCUCACAGACAACCUUCUCACCCCAACGAUGAACCAGGGGCUACUUCAAUUUGGCGACAAGCAAAGCCGUUCAAGGAUUUCAAGCUCCCAGAGUGUUACCAGCGCCGGAACUUAUUCUGCCCUGGGAGUGCGUGGAGAACAGAGCAAAAUUGAGUCGCUACAAAGCGAAAACUUUCAGCUGAAACUGAAGAUUUCAAUUAUGGAACGAGAAAGAAAAGAUCUUGGCAAGACCUCUGAAAACCUCGGUGACUUACGUGCCGAGUAUGAGAAGUACAAAGCCAAGGCUAUUGAAAUGGAGAGUCGAGUCGACACACUGAUGCACCAGCGAAGACGCGAACUUGACGAAGACUUUAAAGAACUAGAGUCGGAACUCAGUUCUGUGCGCAAAGAACUCAAGGCACUGCAAACAAGUUACAAGGAAGAGGUGAAUCUGCAUUCCGAAACAAAGCAACAAGUCGAAACCCUCAGAGCACAGCUAGACCAGCUCGAACAGUCCGGCAAAGAGGCUGGGCUUGCCUUGGAAAAGAAAGGGAGCGAACUUGAUGAGAGCGAUAAACUCCGACUCACACUGCAAGAAGAAAUCGAAGCACUCAAGGAUGAAAUUACAAACCUGAAAGAUAAUACCAAGUCUCUGGAGGAAAAAAUCCAAGAGAGCAACGAAACCGAAUCCUCAACCGUCCAGAGAGUCAGCGAGCUAUUUGAGUCAAUAGCGCAUUUGGACUACGAAUUUAUCCACGAUGUCAAAGUUUCCAGCCCUACAGAGGGGAUUUUGGAACUCGGGAAACUUGUUGUCGAGGUUUUCAACUAUUUAAGCGAAGAAGAAGCUACGCUGCAACAAGCAAUGGAUCAACUUGAACUCUUGAGCAAUCGAGUUGGUGACCAGGACCAUUUGUUGAAUGCAGUUUCCGCAGCGUUUGGGUCGUCGUCGUCGCACGAUCAGCUUCCUAUGCAGAUUUCGUCUGUUGUUACCGAAAACCAGGCUCUCCAGGACCAAUUGAAACAAAAUGAACUCAAUAAGAUUGAAUUGAUCGACAACAUGGAAAGGUCUCAUCAGAAGGCUCUGCAGACUCAACAGAAUCGAGCGGAUAUUGCUGAAGAGGAGUUGAACACACUCCGGAAAAAGUACUCGCAGCUGAUCGAGAAAGUGGAGGAGAUGAACAACCGUAGUUACAAUAUCCUCAAGAUCUUUUUCCGACGCAUUAGCGCCCAGCUGGGCUCGGAAUAUAUGGAUCGUAUCAACUCUGAGCUGAAUGCGAUUGUCGCAAAAUCUGAGUCUUCAGGUAGAUCCAAGCUCCCUCUUUUAACGGACCUCAUGGCUGCAUAUGUUGACGAGUUUUGUCGCAUGAUUAAGUCCCCUGAACGCAAGCCCCGCGAGCUGGCAGAUCUAAAAGAAAAAGUGAGAUCUCUUGAAGCUAUCCUGACAGAAGAAUUGAAGCACCGUGGUGCAGAUAAAGUUUUGUUGGCGCGGUAUAAAGAACUGGAAACAAAAUUGAAGGAUGAACAAGAAAAGCGACGCCUUGAAUAUGACUCCUAUCAAAGAAAGCUCGCCAAUCUAUCCCUCUGA